AUGGCGACAAUUGGAGAUUUCGACCCGCUCAACUCAACCGUACCUGCGACCAAGAUUGAAGUUACCGUCUCGUGCAGGAACCUGCUGAAUAUGGACACCUUCUCCAAAUCAGACCCUGUUGUAGUGUUGUACGUUCAAGGCAUCGGGACAAAGGAGUGGAGAGAGUUUGGCCGAACGGAAGUGAUUGAUAACACGCUGAACCCGGACUUUGUGCGGAAGUUUGUCCUGGAUUUCUUCUUCGAGGAGAAGCAGAAUCUUCGCUUUGAUGCGUACAAUGUGGACACCAGAAGUUCAAACAUUUCAAAACAUAAGGACUUCCUGGGCCAGAUGUUCUGCACUCUGGGGGAGAUCAUCGGUUCCACAGGCAGUCGGCUGGAGAGAACCCUCUCUGGGAUCCCAGGGAAAAAGUGUGGGAACAUCAUAUUCACCGCUGAGGAACUGAGUAACUGCAGGGACAUUGCUACCAUGCAGCUGUGUGCCAACAAGCUGGACAAGAAAGACUUCUUCGGCAAGUCAGACCCAUUCCUGGUCUUCUACCGCAGUAAUGAAGACGGAACGUUCACCAUCUGCCAUAAGACGGAGGUGGUAAAGAAUACUCUGAACCCUGCGUGGCAGCCCUUCACCAUCCCUGUACGAGCCCUCUGUAACGGAGACUAUGACAGGACAGUCAAGGUGGACGUGUAUGAUUGGGACAGAGAUGGAAGUCAUGACUUCAUUGGCGAGUUCACCACCAGCUACAGAGAAUUCUCCAGAGGCCAGAGCCAGUUCAACGUCUAUGAGGUUCUAAACCAUAAAAAGAAAGGCAAGAAGAAGAAAUACAUCAAUUCAGGGACAGUCACACUGCUGUCCUUUAAAGUGGAGUCAGAGUACACGUUUGUAGACUUCAUCCGGGGAGGGACGCAACUCAACUUCACAGUGGCCAUCGAUUUCACAGCGUCUAAUGGUAACCCAUCCCAGCCCACCUCUCUGCACUACAUGAGUCCCUACCAGAUGAAUGCCUACGCAAUGGCCCUGAAGGCUGUGGGGGAGAUCAUCCAGGACUACGACAGUGACAAGAUGUUCCCUGCCUACGGCUUUGGCGCAAAGCUGCCCCCGGAUGGCAAGAUCUCCCAUGUCUUCCCACUGAACUCCAACAGUGAGAACCCAAACUGUGUGGGUAUCGAGGGAGUGUUGGAGGCCUACUUCCAGAGUCUCCGAACUGUUCAGCUCUACGGGCCCACCAACUUCGCUCCUGUCAUCAACCAGGUGGCACGGUGUGCUGAGGAUGUGACUGACGGAUCCCAGUACUUUGUGCUGUUGAUGAUCACAGACGGAGUCAUCUCAGACAUGGUGCAGACCAAGGAGGCUGUGGUCAAUGCUGCCGCUCUGCCCAUGUCUAUCAUCAUAGUGGGAGUGGGUCCUGCUGAGUUUGAUGCGAUGGAGGAACUGGACGGUGACGAGGUCAGAGUGUCCUCUAAGGGGCGCAUUGCCGAGCGAGACAUAGUCCAGUUUGUGCCUUUCCGGGACUACAUAGACCGCCAGGGCAACCAGGUGCUGAGCAUGGCACGGCUGGCCAAGGACGUGUUGGCAGAAAUCCCUGAGCAGCUGCUGGGUUUCAUGAAGACGAGGGACAUCGAGCCCCGGCCCGCCCUGCCCGCCUCCUCCACACAUACGCACGCACGCACGCACGCA